AUGAGAUUUUCUCGUAUUUUGCGAGAUCCGGUGAAAUUCCAGCGGGCGGAAAAUGUCGGAAUCGUCACUUUAAACCGUCCAAAAGCGCUGAAUGCUUUGAAUCAUCCCAUCGUGAAGAUGAUGAGGCCGCAGCUCAAAGAAUGGGAAGAAAGUGGAAUCGACCGAGUCAUUCUCAAAGCCGAAGGCGGAAAAGCAUUUUGCGCGGGAGGCGAUAUAAAAGAUCUGACGCUUCCAACUUACGACGGUGACUACGAUUCCGGCGCAAAUUUCUUCCGCGAAGAAUACCAACUUGACUAUCAAUUAGGAACGUAUUCCAAGCCAGUAAUCUCUCUCAUCCAUGGAGUGGUCAUGGGCGGCGGCGUCGGCAUUUCUUGCCAUACGCCGAUUCGAGUUGCAACCGAAAAGACCCUCUUUGCCAUGCCGGAGACUGACGUCGGCGGUGGCUACUUUUUGCCGAGAAUUCCAAUUCCAGGAUUGGGUCUCUUUCUGGGACUCACUGGACAAAGACUCAAGGGCGCAGAUUGCCAGCACGGUCAUGUUUCUACUCAUACGAUUUCAUCAGACAAGCUCGAGCAGAUUGAGAAGUACCUCAUUUCUCUCCCGCAAAACUUGGUCGCUGAAGAAAUUAGCGAAGCCAUCCAAAAGUUUCAAGUUCCUAUUGGCGACUUUUCGCUUGCCAGUCAAUUGGACAACAUCGCGAAGUACUUUGACGAUCCAAAGAGCCUUUUGGAGCUUGUUCAAGAGUUAGAAAGCUCUAGUGGCGAGUGGGAACAGAAAAUCGCCAAGAAACUAAGAUCCAUGAGCCCAACAAGUCUUGCGAUAACGUUCCAGCAAAUUCAAGAUGGAAAGAAUAUGAGUUUUUAUGACGUUUUCGCGAUGGAGUACAGACUCGCUUACCAAUGUCUCCGCCAUGAGUUCCCAGAAGGAGUACGAGCCCUACUCGUUGACCGAGAUAAUAACCCUAAAUGGAAUCCUGCCACAAUUGAAGAAAUCCCUGACUCGUUAAUGCAGACCUUUUUCGAAGAAAAACCCAAUGCAUGGCACCCAACUAAGCCCUGGCAAUCGAACCAAUAA